AAUAAAGAAGCGGUUGAAGAAAUUUAAAUAUACCUAAGAGGAUUUUAAUGUCUCAUGUUCAGUGUUUCUUUUAUAUACAGAUCACUAGCACACAGAAAUAUUACAAGUAAUCCUUUUAAUUUUACUUUACCGCCCUGUUAAAAUUUGUUCACAUUCUGCAGAAAGAUCUGAAAUCACAAGGAAUGGAUUUCCAGAACACAGGCAGUGUUUCUAAUUGACAUCAAUUAGGAUAAGUAUUUUAUGCCUCAAUACUGUUCCAAAUCAGCACCUAAAUGUUCUAUAAAUGUGACUAAGGAGCCACCACUUGUGAAACACAGAAGCCAGAUGUCAUGCCAGAUGCACGCAAUAACCUGUUCCAAGAAAAGCUGCCACCAGAUGCUUUAGAGAGCCAUUUCUCAACUGAGGGCCAUAAUAUCACGGAGGUUACAAAAAUUAAGUGGAGGUGGUUCAUCAGUGUUGUUCCAAAUUCUGGCCUUUCUCUGGGCAGAAUAAAUACUGGCAAGCUCCCAGUACAUGCACAGUACUAUUAUCCAAUGUCAUUAACUGGUCUUUACUGUUGUUUUCCUCUAAUUUUUACAGUGCAAGUGAUGGAAUUACUUUUUAAACUUCAAGUAAGUUGUCUAUAGUACAAACAUUGUGGGCCAUACUGAAGAACUGUUACUGCUCAGAAGUGCAAAAUCAUCUGUGAUUGCUGCAGCAUGUCCCACGAUUCUCUGCUACUGACUGAUGGGUUUUAUUCACUUGCUUUGCAGUAACACCUUGAAGGCCUCUGGGAGUGAUUGUGCCAUUUCAUCCAUGCUGCAAAUCUCUGGAGGUGAAAUCAAACUACAUCACAUCAAUGUAUGGCCCUUAAUGCCUCAAGUUUAAAAGCAGCAAAUCAAGUGAAGACAGCAACAAAGAAAAGGCAGCAUACAUAACAGUUAAUUUGACUGUCACACCUAUACACGACUUGCAGGUCAUUGUAAUUUAAAUAUUGUGGGUCGUGCAUGGCUGAACAGCUGAAAAGCAUUCCAGAUGUGACUAAGAAGUGCUACUGAGUUCCAAAUGAUGUUUCAAGCUCAGCUCUCUCAGCGUAUGUUAGAAACAAAAGGAAGUAAAGCUCUGUAACUGAGACACAGUGGCCAUUCUCUACAUGCACCUAUUUCAGUGGGGUCUCAUGACCCCCUGAGCUCUGCAGCCUGGAGUUCCACAAUGAUAACAGAUCUUUGCACUUUCUGCUGGUGAGAAUUCCAACUCCUUUGGGGAACAAGGAAAAUAAGUGGCCUUCUACCACUGGAAGAAAUGUUUCCAAACUGACUAAGGCCUGGCUGAGCUCUGGAAAAUGUAGCAAAAGAAGCUGUAUCCAUAUGCAUUCAUAACACAGCAUCCAGAAGACAACAUAAGGAAGAAAAUUUAACUGCACAAGGGACAGUGUCCCUUAUAUCCAAUUAUGUCCUUAUAUCCAAUAUCUCCAAUUUUAGUCCCUGGAAGUUACACAACCAGCAGAUGAAGGCUGUGCUACAGCAACACAAUUUAGCUGGAGAAUAAAUGCAUCAAGUUAUGCAGAUUGACAACACCUUGACCUUUUGCAUUUCCACAUAUUAGGCACUGGAUGAAGCAGUAAUACCACUGAAGUCAAACGCAAAAUUUAUGCAACUUCCAUGAGGACAGGAUUUAAACCAGGAGCUUUUGAAAUGGGAGAGCAUGAGUAAAGACAGUCUAUGUCCUUCACUGAGAGAAAUCCGUCUAUCCUGACUCCAAAGUGUGACCACUCUGCCAGGAAUGGAAACUACGUAGCUCUGGAAGAUUUCAGAUUGAUAUUAAAAUUCAAGACAUCAACAUUUUUUUUCUCUAAGUGAACGCAAUAAUUAUGUACUUUGAAUGUGCUGAAAACAAAGUCAGUUAACAAAACCCAAAACUUAAUCCAGGACUACUAAUUUUCAAGAUCUCCCAGAGGUAUGUAGAAGACUUUUUACCAUGAAAAGUAAUUCCCACUAGGCCAGAGUGACUAUGAAUUUUCAUGGAAAGCUUUGUCAUUCUCAGCUAUGCAAAUGAAAUUCAGAUAACCCAUAGAGUCAGUCUACAGAACCCUAAAAUGCUUUAAGAACAGUUAAGAAUAAAAGAGGCCUAACUGCCUGACGGUGAUGAUUACCAUGCCCUUCAGGUGAACACGAUUUCGAGCAGCAGGUGUCAGCCUCAGAGAAGCCACGUGAUGUUGCCGUGCUCCAUAUUAGCUGAGAUGGUGAUCAUGGCAGGGACCGUGAUGCUGGCUUAUUACUUCGAGUACACGGACACCUUCACCGUCAACGUGCAAGGCUUCUUCUGCUACGAGGGCGCGUACCGAAAGCCCUACCCGGGCCCGGAGGACCGCAGCGCCGUGCCGCCGGUGCUGCUCUACUCGCUGACCGCAGGCGUGCCCGUGCUGGUGAUUAUCGUUGGAGAAACUGCAGUCUUUUGUCUACAGUUAGCUACAAAGGAUUUUGAAAACCAAGAGAAAACAAUAUUAACUGGAGACUGUUGUUAUAUAAAUCCACUGGUGCGCAGGACCAUCCGAUUCCUUGGAAUUUAUGCAUUUGGACUGUUUGCUACGGACAUCUUUGUAAAUGCUGGACAAGUAGUAACAGGGAAUCUUGCACCCCAUUUUCUUGCACUUUGUAAACCCAACUAUACAGCACUUGGAUGUAAACAGUAUACCCAAUUCAUCAGUAGCGUACAUGCCUGCACUGGAAAUCCAGACCUUAUCAUGAAAGCCAGAAAGACUUUCCCAUCCAAAGAAGCAGCGCUAAGCAUAUAUGCAGCUAUGUAUCUGGCUAUGUAUAUCACCAACACAGUGAAAGCCAGAGGAACAAGGCUUGCAAAACCUGUUCUGUGUUUGGGUUUAAUGUGCUUGGCCUUCCUCACUGGAAUCAACAGAGUAGCAGAGUAUCGAAAUCACUGGUCAGAUGUAAUAGCAGGAUUUGUAAUUGGAAUAUCUAUAGCAGUAUUUUUGGUUGUUUGUGUGGUAAAUAACUUCAGAGGACGUCAGCCAGAACAUGAACAUUCUCAUCUGGAUAAUCUGACCCAGAUGCCCAUGAUCAGCAUACCCAGAGUAGAAAGCCCUCUAGAAAAGAACCACAUCACGGCCUUUGCAGAAGUCACAUGAUGUUGAUGCUGAUGUGUAUUCACUCCACUGGACUUCAUCUCUUUUCACAGCCCACACAUGAUAUUUGCAGAGUAUCAAAAAUAAGAAAUUUUUAGAAGUCCUCUUUCUGACUUGAUUUUUACAUCACUAAAAUGAUACCAACAUUUUGAAGAAUUCUUAAAUAUUAGAACGUCACUUUACUUUCUAGCAAAAAUAUUAACUGUUUACUUUUAUGAUGGAAUGGGACAAACUGAGCACUAAUUAUCUGACAUUACCCUCUAUUUUGGCUUCUCAUUGUUUUCAAUGGUUCAUGUACCUAUUCCAACAGUACUUUGUAUUUUGAUUUAACUUUGAUUUUUAAAAUCUACAUUUUUAAUUCCGCAUGAACUUGUUUCCAUUUGAGGCAAUUUCAAUGUAUAAAAACUAGACAAAUAUUAUGUUCUGUAUGAAAAUGCUGUUUGCACAUUGUAUUACGCUGUAUUCCAUGUAAGAUAUCAUUCAAACGGUAUGUUAUAUGUAAGACUGGUGCUUCUGCUUUUGAAGAGAAAAAAAUGCCAAUUUUUACUGUAAUAAGUAUUGUAUCAUAAUUAAAAGUUUAUUUAUUUGGAUAUUUUCCUGACAUAAUUGUAGUUGAAUUGUUGUUUUGUAGUUCUUGAAUGUCUUGGAUGACUUAUAUGUAUCUAGGUUAAAAGAAGUGAGAAUAAUUUAGCGAGUUUGAUCUUUGAUAUAUUCUUUAUUACUAAUGAUAUCCCAGGAAAGGUUAAGGGCUCCAUUCUUAGCUUAGCAUAUCUGAUGGGAAGCCGUGCUAUUCAUAAAUCAUUUAAACAAAUUACUCAAGGCAGCCUGCAUCUUCUCAUGAUUGUUGUACUCCCUGAUACUGUGCUGGGAGAAUGGGUGCUAAGAUAAGAAGAGGGUCACCAGCUUAGUGAGAAAAGUUCAUCUGAGUUUCUACUCUCCAUUUUCAUGGAAAACUCAUGGAAAAACCAAAAUGUCUCAAUUAAUUUUUUUUUUUCAGCCUAACUGACCAGGACAGGCAGACUUUCUCUCUACAAAUCCUUGUAUGUCUGUGUUGGAGGCUCAUAUUCUUAAAAAAAAAAAAAAAGAAAGAAAAAAAGAAAGAAAGAAAAAAAAAAUCCUCUGCCAGCCUGCAUGGUGUUGACAGAUUGAUUUUUCUUCAACAUCAGCCAAUGUUACCAUAUCUCUGUUAUUGCUGUGAAUAUUCAGCUUAAGCCCCCGCUUUGGAAGAGUCUUGCUUAUCAUUCGUAGUGAAAUUGUCCUAUAAAAAUUGAGCACCAAAUGGAUCUGAAUAUUCUGAAGACAUUGUUAACAUGUGCCAGGCAGUGUCCCUCUGGCAAGAGCAGAUAAAAUGCAGCACUAGAGAAACAUUGAGAACACUCUUGGUCAGUGCAGGCUGUUGAGCAUUUUAGGCCUUAAAUUUUCCAGAGUUCAUUGUAUUUCCUGUGCAUUAAUCAUUGUUAGAGUAUGUUUGAAACACAAUGAUGUAGAAUCAGGUGUAUUUUUUCUAUGAUGAAUUUUAAUGUAUUCUCAUAUAGUCAUCAGGUAAUGCCUGCUUUUACUUUGUUUUAACCUCUGCUUUCACUAAGAUACAACUACCUAAAGAGUGCUUGGCAAACACGGCAAGGCCAAGUCAUCUCUGAGUGCAAUAGAACAUAUGCCACAAAGUCAUUGUGCUAAGCUGAGAAUUAAGAGAUUGAAGAAAUAUAUAUGUGGGGAGAAAAGACCUAGAAUAGAGUCCUUAGCUACAGCUAGGUUACUUAGGUGAUUGAAAAUCCACCUUUAUUAGACUAUCAACUGUGUUUACAAAAUUGUAGUAGAUCCAAAGUUUGUAUCACCGUGUUAAACUCACUUACCCUGCCCUUAGUCUAGGUAGUUAGGUUCCAAGGUACUAAUGAUUUCUGUGUGUGCAGAUUUAAAUGAAAUGUUCACUCAUUUUUGCAUGGUAGCAAAUCUGCGUUUUUUAUAUCUGAUUUAUAAGAUUACCAAGAGAUUCUUUUAUGUUAAAAGAGAUGACUCUUUUUCAGUGUACUGUAUAUCAUCAGCUUGUAACUGGUCUCUUUCUCAGGAUCUUUCCCAGUCAAAUAUUUGGGUUAAAAUUAUCAUACUAUCUCUGUGAACCAGCAGUGAGAAAACAAAAAGAGAGACACUCUGCUGUAUAAUGUAUUUUUAAAUAAAAUAAUUUUUCAUUCAUA